CCCACAACUUUAAAACAUCAGGAAACCCAACAAUACGCAUUUUAUACUUAACAUAUAAAGCCGUUAAUUUUUAAACGUGAUGUUAUUAUGUUGGGUAAAGCGUUUAGGGGAACCCAUCUUGUUGCGUAGUCCCUCUCGUCGACAGCGAGCAGGGAAUAAGGGGCGCCGCGUUGCCCCGGGUAACGGCUGCGGUUUUAUGGCUGUAUCUGAGGAUCAAACACGGGACGUUUCGGUAAAAAAAAAUCCCUAAAGGGUCGGAGGCUGCCGUGGGGUUUGGUUUGUAGAAGGCGACUCGGGCAGAGGAUCAUGUUGCUGAUUUGAUGAGAAGAGAUGGGUCAGUCUUAGCCACAAACUGGAAGCUGGAGCUGUAAACUGAAAGUUAUGCCUCUCUUUUUGAGGCAUUUCAACAUAUCAGCCAUGCAGAUAUCCUGCAGAUUGGUUUCAAAUUACGUCAGUCGGAUGCGCUACCUGCUUGAACUAAAGGAGGAUGAUGAAGCCUGCCGGAAAGCUCUGCGCUCUGGAGCCUUUCUUCUCUUUCACAGUUUCUCACCCCUUUUGCAAAAAAGUGACAGCAAAUACAUGGCACCGUUUGUGAUGGCCUCAGAACUGAAUGGCAUUCUCCACAAACUGGAUCAGAAGGAGAAAUAUAUGGAACAGUCAGUGCUGAUUGGCUGUACAGAGAGCCAUGUGCCACAAUUUGCCCUAGAUCUAGGUAAAAUUGAAAAAGCCAGAGCUGAAUCGGUUCUGAAGGGAACAUUUGUUGAUUUACGGAAAGCCUUCUUCCUCUUGGAUGGAAAGGAUGCGCCCUUGCUGUCAAAGGUAGAACACACUUUGGCAAACUUUGAAAAUAGUGUGUUUUCCAUGGCAAUGCCUUGACCAAGGGGAUUUGAUUUGUCAGCCAUUCAGUACUCUUUUCUCAUGCCGUAUAAAAUGUUGCACCCAUUGUAGUUUGGAAUUCUUGAGUCUGUCCUGAUAAGUGCAAUUUGAAAAGCUUCACAGCAUGUUUUUCUUUAGAAAGAAAAGAUUUUUUCAAGCGUUAUUUCCAUUCAAGAGCAUACAUCAGAUUUAGACAUUUUGCUGUCUAAAUGAGCGCACCUCAUCAGGCUAUGCUUACGGUGUGAGAUUGAAUUUGUAAUCUGUGUUCCCCAAACUUUAUUUGAUUUGAUUGCAUUCGAAACACCUGUCAAUUACUUGAUAAAAUUGAGCUGGUAGAUCCGUCACUAGGUUACAAUAAUUUUUAUAUCUUCACAAUCUUCUCUUUGA